GUAUGCACCCCCGUCUGGAGGGUUCAACAGGGCGGAUUUCGUCUCUGAUGAAGAGUUUAAGAGGAUGAUGCAUGGCGGCGGCGUCGGCGUCGGCGCGGGGUUCGAACAACCCCGCAGGGGAGGUAAUGACAUCGGCCCUGAGGACUUUGGAGAACGGGAUCGACAGAGGUCAGUUUAUCUGAUCUAUGUGCGAUCAGAUCGUGAUGUGAGCUGAUGAUGGACGAUUCAAAUAGACCACCUCAGAACGCUGGUUACCAAGAAUCAUACCAGCAGCAGUCCGUCCCUCACGAACAGCGCACAUCUGGCUAUGAGAGCGGCGCAUAUGCUCAGCCUCGCAACCAGUAUUCUGUCCCAGAAUCGUCGGACCCACGUUAUGGAAGUAACGUGUAUGCACCCCCUGCUGGUCCUCCUGGUGCAUCAUCCAGUCAUGCGCCAGCGGGAGGCUAUGCUCCACCUCCUGGGCCGCCACCCCCAGGUGCUAGACCUUUAUAUGGCAACGAUGCUUCCCCUCAAGGAGGAUCGGGCCGAGGUGCUGCGAGUGAUUAUUACAAUGGGCCUCCGCCAGGUCAAUCAGCACAGCCAUACUCGCACACCCCAGAUAACGCAAACGCUUAUGGUGACUCCCCUAACCCACCUCGCUACCAGCCUCAACCCUCGGACGGGUUCGACGAUGAGAAUUACAAAUCUCAUUUCUCCGCUCACGCUCAGGCGUAUGGUUCCGACCACGAUGACAGGCCAAUGGCGAAUGAUGCUAUAGGCGCAGCUGCCGCUGUUGAGGCGCUGAAGCUCACGGCUGCAAAUAACCAGUCGGGUAACAGGCCGCAGCAGGGAGGUAGACCACAGGGUGGAUUCCAUGCCGACGCGAACGCUCCGCAUGCGACACCAUCUGCCGGUGGUGCGCAGCAGUCAUCAGAUAUGGGUGGGAGACCGAGUGGCGGGAAGCCUCAGGGGCGGCCACAGAAUGCGGAAUCCGAGUCUGAGUCUGACGACGAGGGGCCGGCUGCUAAAGCACAGGCUUCUGCAGGAGGUGGUGGCAUGCAGGGCAAGAUCGUAGGUUUCUCUACCAUCUUUGGAGUUGAUAUGCUCAAUCCUGCAGGUUGCACUGGCGAUGGCUCAGGCAGGUAAACUCUUCGACAAGAAGGGCGGGGGAGACAGCCAAGGAAAGACGCAAGCUAUGCAAUCAGCUGCAGCAACUGCAAUGCGCUUAAUGGGAGAGUACAAGUCAACGGGUAAGGUGAACAUGGAGCCAGGGGAGAUGCAGAAGCUUAUGGGGGUUGCGAUGUCACUGUUCUGAAGCGAAAGAGUAACACUGAUCAGCGGCAGAAUUCGAA